AUGGGGAACUGUAUAUCACUAAAACUGUGUCACCUCAUUAUAUCAGUCAUGCUUGCUCCUCACUUAGGUUUAGUAUUGUGUCAAUUGUUGCCAAUCUGCCAUAGUUGCUAUUUCUGUGAGAUGGCAUCAGGUGAUAAAAAUGAGCGACAUCAGAUUAAUAGUUCGCGUGGGAAGAGUACCACUAAGAGUAAGGGUGGGAAGAGUACUACUAAAAGUCGAGGGAAAUCAACCGUGUUUACAUCAAGUCCAUCUCAUUCUACAAUUCCACCAUUGCAUCCGCCUUCACAUGGCCCGUCAUCAAAGAGUAAAGGGGAAUCAACCGUGUCUACAUUGAGUCCAUCUCUUUCUUCCAUUCCACCAUUGCAUCCUCCUUCACAGGGGCCGUCAUCAUUUUCACAUUCUUUUUAUGGUACUAUGCCUCCCCAGGGAUAUAGCUCGAUGCCUCCCCCCGGCUAUAGCUCUAUGCCUCCCCCGGUCUAUAGCUCAAUGCCAACACAGGGCUAUUCCGGAAUUUCAACUACUGCCCCUUUCUACAAUAUGCCUCCCCCGGGAUGUUCCUCGAUGCCUCCCUCUUAUGUACCUCCACCUGGCAUGCAUUCAGCUUACCUCGCUGCCAUGGAACGACGUCCAUCUCCGAGACUCCUUCGUCAGAGGCCACUCGAUCAGCCGGUCCACGCCUUUCUAGGAUAA